CAGCUUGUCAUGGGUUGGCAGUGCACUCUUUCUAGUUUCUUCCCCCAUAUCCAUAUGCACUUAAAAAAGCACCUUUUAAAAAAAAAAAAUAAAGCUCCUACAUUUUUCUCUCUUUUUAUCACUUUUAAAUUUCAAUGCUUUGAGGUGCGAUUCAGCAUCAAAUCCAGUCCCUUCUCACCACACUUUCCAAGCUUAAUUAUCUGGAGCCUUUCCUUACAAACGUUCUGUGCCCACAUUGUGUGAAUGCUAAACUUCAAUACAAGCAAAAGGGCCAGUCUUGUUUGUCGCUUAGUGAUUGUUAAUCUUCCAAUGCCAGACUCACUCACCUUGGUCACAAGUCACAACCAGAUUGGCAUGAGCACUGUCCUUUGUUAAGGCAUUCAAGAAGGUGCUCUCAGUGGUCCUAGUAAAGAAGGAGCUAUGGAAGAGACAUUUGUGCCGUUUCGCGGAAUCAAGAAUGAUCUUAAUGGGAGGCUGAUGUGUUACAAGCAAGAUUGGACUGGUGGAUUCAAGGCAGGCUUCAGGAUUUUGGCCCCCACUACAUAUAUAUUCUUUGCUUCAGCAAUCCCAGUUAUUUCUUUUGGAGAACAGUUGGAUAGAAGUACAGAUGGAGUUCUAACAGCAGUUCAAACAUUAGCUUCUACAGCACUGUGUGGAAUUAUACACUCAAUCAUUGGAGGUCAACCUUUGCUGAUUCUCGGAGUCGCAGAGCCAACCGUGAUUAUGUAUACAUUUAUGUUCAAGUUUGCUAAAGAUAGGCCUGAUUUGGGAUCAAAGCUCUUUUUAGCAUGGACUGGAUGGGUAUGUGUGUGGACUGCCAUAUUGCUGUUCCUACUGGCUGUCUUAGGGGCUUGCUCCAUUAUUAAUAGGUUUACUCGUAUAGCUGGGGAACUGUUUGGCCUUCUUAUUGCAAUGCUCUUCAUGCAAGAAGCUAUAAAAGGACUUGUUGAAGAAUUUCGUAUACCUGAAAGAGAAAAUCCAAAUUCAAUUGAGUUUCAGCCUUCAUGGAGAUUUUCAAAUGGCAUGUUUGCUUUAGUUUUGUCAUUUGCUCUUCUGCUUACCGCUUUAAGAAGCAGAAAAGCAAGGUCUUGGCGGUAUGGGUCUGGAUCUCUCAGAGGCUUCAUAGCAGAUUAUGGUGUGCCAUUGAUGGUUGUAGUUUGGACAGCUAUUUCCUAUCUACCAGCUGGAAGUGUUCCAAAAGGAAUCCCAAGACGACUCUUCAGUCCAAAUCCAUGGUCACCAGGUGCAUAUGAGAAUUGGACUGUCAUUAAGGACAUGCUAAAUGUGCCGGUUCUCUAUAUAAUUGGGGCUUUCAUUCCUGCAACAAUGAUUGCAGUGCUCUACUACUUUGACCACAGUGUGGCUUCUCAACUCGCCCAGCAGAAAGAGUUCAAUUUGAGGAAGCCCCCUUCUUUCCAUUAUGAUUUACUUCUUUUGGGGUUCAUGGUCAUAUUGUGUGGUCUCAUUGGGAUCCCUCCAUCAAAUGGAGUUAUUCCUCAAUCUCCAAUGCAUACUAAAAGUUUGGCUACGCUUAAACACCAGUUACUUCGUAAUCGACUUGUAGCAACAGCACGCAAGUGUAUGAGAAAUAAUGCAAGCUUGGGACAAGUGUAUGGAAGCAUGCAAGAAGCCUAUCAACAGAUGCAGACUCCUUUAAUUUACCAGGAACCUUCAGCUAGGGGAUUAAAGGAAUUGAAAGACUCCACAAUUCAAAUAGCUUCAAGCACGGGGAAUAUAAAUGCCCCGGUUGAUGAGAGCACGUUUGAUGUUGAGAAAGAGAUUGAUGAUUUACUGCCUGUUGAGGUGAAAGAACAGCGGCUCAGUAACCUGCUUCAAGCUAUGAUGGUAGGAGGAUGUGUUGCAGCCAUGCCUUUCCUUAAGAAGAUCCCAACCUCAGUACUCUGGGGCUAUUUUGCCUUCAUGGCCAUUGAAAGCUUACCCGGUAACCAGUUUUGGGAAAGAAUCUUAUUGCUCUUCACAGCUCCAAGUAGAAGAUACAAAGUACUGGAGGAGUACCAUGCCACUUUUGUGGAAACUGUACCUUUCAAGACCAUUGCAAUUUUUACAAUCUUCCAGACUGCUUAUCUGCUUGUUUGUUUUGGGAUCACAUGGGUUCCAAUUGCUGGGGUUCUGUUCCCUUUAAUGAUUAUGCUUUUGGUUCCUGUGAGACAAUACAUUUUGCCCAAGUUUUUCAAAGCGGCACACCUUCAAGAUUUAGAUGCUGCAGAGUAUGAAGAGGCGCCAGCUUUAUCAUUCAACCUAGCAAUACAGGAUGGGGAAAUGGGACGGACAGCUUCAUUUGGAGAUGAUGGAGAGAUUCUAGAUGGCAUAGUAACACGUAGUCGGGGCGAGAUUAGACGGAUGUGCAGUCUCAAGUUAACAAGCUGCACAGCAACACCUUCCAAAGAAUUUAGAAGCCUACAGAGCCCACGGCUGUCAGAUAGUGUACACAGCCCUCGCAUAAGUGAACUGAGAGGGGAACAGAGCCCUCGGCUUGGUGGAAGAGGGCCAUUUAGUCCAAGGACUGGAGAGCCGAGACCAUCUAAUUUAGGGAAAGGCAGUUAGAACUCAGAUAUGAACUUGCAACAAUUGGCUGUGUUUAUAUUGUCAGGUAUCUAAAAAGAAGCAAGUUCUUGUAGUGAUGAUCUAAUGAACAUGAAAAGAGCUUGCAAUGACUAUCCCUCUGCCUUCAACAUGUUAUGCAUUUAUAAAAUUUAUUAAAGGGGAGGGAUUUGUAACCACAAGUUUUAUGAAUGACAAUACUAAAUUUUAUAUGUUUA